ACGCUGAAGACAUCUAUUAUCUAUCCCUUUCACACUUGCCCAAGGCAUCGUGGUCUGUAACGUGUAAGUCCUUUUCAUGCUGUUUAAAAGUGUGAGUUUCACAACUUGUUUCUUUCUGAGUAGACGAAUAGGCAAACUCGCUGGCGGAGAGCAAAAAAAAAAAAGAAAAGAGGAAGAUCUCGCGGACUAAACCCUGUCAUCUGUUUUAUUUUAAGCCAUUUGGAACUUUCAUACUUCAUGUCGGACAUCGAUUUUUUGGAUAUACUGUAAUAGGAAUGUUUUAGGAGGACUACACAACAAUCGUGGACCCUGCAGCAAUGGAUAACGUGAACCAGAGCAGCGAGAUGAAUGACUCGUAUGAGUACAUCUAUGAUGGGUUAAUUGUGCAGUGUCAUUUAGAGAAAUACGAUCACAUCUCAGGAAUAUGUUUCAUCGCCAUCUGUUGCUUCAGCUUCCUCGGGAAUGGCUUGCUCGUCUACGCCCUGGCACGCUAUGAAGAUCUCAAAAGGGUCACUAUGCUGUUUCUGCUCUACUUAGCGGUUUUCGACUUGUUGUUCACCAUGACGCUUCCUUUCUGGGCUGUGGAUCACCUGAUCGAAUGGAUCUUUGGCGAUUUCAUGUGUAAGGUCCUAACCGGGGCCUAUUUCGUCGGCUUGUACGGAAGCCUGAUGUUACUGACGGCCAUGACGGUCGACUGCUUUUUCUUCAUUGUCGUGCGCAGCCAGUGGUUCACCUGGAGAAGACGGCUGUAUUGCGCGAAGGCGGCUUUCGUAGGGUCGGCGCUCAUCAGCUUCGGAGCCAGUAUGAAGGAGGUCCUGAACUCCACCGUUGAAACAGAGCACUCUGUGCGCCUUUGCAGGUCCUUGUCUUCUGACGAUGACCACGUGGGUUACUACACUCAGUUUGCCAUGCUUUUCGUCCUUCCACUCGUGAUCAUUAGUUUGUGCUACGGAAAGAUCUUGCACACGAUCAUGUCCAGCUCAGGCCGCCGGAGAUAUAAAACCGUCCUGGUCGUGUUUCUCAUAAUCCUGGCGUUCGUCGUGUGUUGGGGUCCGUAUCAUGUCGUCUUAAUCGUGAAGCCACAAAAGCCAAUAGCGAACUGCAGACUCGAUCAGAUUUUCAUCGCCUGCCGCAUCCUCGCCUAUUUUCACUGCUGUGUCAAUCCACUCUUGUUCCUGAUCAGGGCGAGGUCCAGGAAAAUCCUGUCCACGCUCCUGUGCUGCAAGCCUCAACACCGGAGCACCGAGCCGUCCGACAGAUCCUCAGACCCCAGUUACUUCAACAAUCACCAACGAGCCAGCAUUGCAAUUCCACAAAAUGUAACAGAGCUCAAAUCGAUUUGAGAGGUGACACUGACAUCAGACACAAAACUGGUCAAAGGUGAAUCUCGUGAACCUUUAUUUGAU